GUGUAGUGUCUUUGCCGAACGCGCAUAAUGGGGGACAGUUAUGAUGAAAUGUCGAACGAUCAGCUUCGGCUGAAGUUGCUGGAGUUCGGGCUGGCCAACAUGCCUGUGACCUCCACGACGCGAAAGGUUCUGAUAAAAAAGUUGCGGAACCACAUCGCCACUAAUGGCAAGCGGCGUGAAACGAUGAACAUCACCAGCUACUCUUCCGAUGAGGACAGCGGUAGUCAGCAGAAGACAGCGGCGAAAAGGGGAGCGCCAUCGAGCAAAAAGGAAUCGGCCAACAGACGGGCUACGAUCGCUACGGUAGCGACAGCAAAGCCGCCAAAACCCUUACCAUCAUCGCAACCGGUAGCGAAAGGUGUCGUCACAACCGGUAGCGAAGCGUCGAAGCGUCGUUCGGGACGAGUUACUCCGGUGAAGGAUAAGGAUGAUGCUCCACCUGCCUCGUCACAAACAGCACCGAAAGUGCCGGCUAUAUUGGAGGAUUCCGAUGAUGAUAUGAUUCCACUGACUAGUCGGAAUCGCAAAUCGGCCAGUCCAUCGUUGUCGCGGGCAGACAUGCUGACAACAUCCUAUGUACAUCACAUGGCAGUGUCUUCACAGCCAUCGGAACCGAUCCUGGAGGAGAUGGAUGUCGACGACGUACCGGAGAUGGAUGAAGUGAUAGUGCUGGAUGAUGAUGAUGAUUCCAACGCAACGGUUGCCAUGCCGCCACCGCAGCAACCGAAACCAGUGUACACGCAAACGACAGCGCAAACGACGGAGAUGUACCGUACCUUCAGUACCGGUACGAUGACCGACCCGAAGGCACAAGGAACUGGACCGUCGUCGUACAGUAGCAAUACAGAGAAGCGACGCAUCUUGCCUGAGUUCUUACGACCACCCUCGGAACGAAGCACGGUACGCGAUGCAACAUUCAGCACUAUGUCCGAUCAAAAGGAACGGCAGGAACGGAACACUUUCGCUGAACCGGAACCGGUGUCCUUUAGUACGAGCACCUCGAAACGUGUCUUGCCAACAUUUGCUUCAUCCCCCUCGACGACGGUUCGCAAUGAGAAAAAGAUCGAUGCGCCGGAAUCUCCGUACUUGAGCGAGUUCACCAAACGAUUGGCCCGUCUACGUGCCGAAGCCGUUCAACAGCCCACCGGACUCGGCCGGGACUCGCCCUCAAGAAGAACAGUAUUCGAAGGGUCCACUUCGUCUAUGCGUUCGACGUACGCACCGCGGGACAUGUACGACGAACCGCCGCCAUCAGCAUCACGCUACCGACCUGGACGACAAACGAUCGCACCGAUGAGCAGCAGCAGCAGCACCAUUGGAGGAGGACGCCGUACGACAGCCAUGCAACACGAGAUGAUGGAGGAUGUGCGAAGUUCCAUGCGCCAGACCCUAUUGGCGCUCGAUCGGAAGUACUCGAUCCGGAAGGUUUUCUACAGCAUCAUUAUCGUUCUGGUGGUUAUUUUUCUGUUUCGUUUUCUUUUUCCUGUAAAUUAA